AACUUUAUUAUGGCAUCGUCCAAAUAUUUUCUUCUGUUGUUGAUGUGAUGAAUUUAUGAAAGAGGAUCAAUGAUAUUAAAUUAUCAAUGAUUCUGCUCUGUUGACUAGAUGUUGAAAUAAAAUAAAAUAUUAUCUCUUGAUUAAAAAUGUAGCUUCCAAAUACUUUUAAAUUUUACAUAAUUGCAUUGAUUGAUUACAAAAUGUCUAGUCAGAAACAUUACUGUUUCUCUAUUUUGAAGACAUAUCUUAUUUAUUUUAAUGAGUGUAAUUACAAAUUUUCAAAACCAUUUGGUGACAAAACAGUUAAUUAAAAUGGAUUAUAUUAAUAUAAUUUUAAUGCAUCGGGAGUUUUCAUCCCAUUGUGAGGACACAACCGACAACAGCCAUGGGUGAGAUGCACACUUUCUGGACAACAGCUUGACCGAAACUUGCAUAAACUAAUUUAAUCUUAUGUAUAUGUGCACACAUAUUCUCCGAUGGGGAAGAAAAAGAAAUGGAAUCGUCCUCUCUGUGACAACACAAACCAGUGCUUUCCACAAGGGGAGUUCUGCAUCAAUGUAGAACACCCAGAUUCCAACAACUUUCAAAACUUUGAACCUCGCUUGGCUGUUGCAGUGCCAAACUGGUCAAGACCUGGCAUCCAGUCUCAAUUGCGAUGCGAAAUCUGUGAGCGCGUGUUCCAAUAUCCUAGUCAGCUGCGUGAUCAUAUGCUAAUUCAUACUCGUGUGCGGAGAUUUGUAUGCCAGGUAUGUGGAAUGAAGUUUAUGAAGGAACAUCACUUAAAGGCUCAUCAAGCUACGCAUAAUUCAGUUAAGCCAUUUGCCUGCCCCAUCUGUGGACGCACAUUCACUCUCAAAGCGAACAUGGAGAGACAUACGUACAUACAUAACACUGAGCGGAGAUUCACCUGUGAUCAGUGUGGGAAAAAAUUCUCUCAGCCGCAGACUCUCAAAAUGCACAUGAUCUCACACUCGGACGUAAAACCCUUCGCUUGCAACAUUUGCGGGAAGGGUCUGUCAAGAGCGCACAAUCUUCGAGCCCACAUGGCAAUCCAUCGAAACAACAAACCUUUCAAAUGUCACUUGUGUAACAGUUCGUUCACGUUAAAAGGUAACAUGCAAAGGCACCUGAAAGAAAAGCAUGGCGUGACAGAGGCUGAGAUUCCGCAGCACCAGGAGCAACCGCCAAGCUUGUCCAGUGAAAGUUUCAUUCUCUCUUUAGAUCCAGCUGAUGCUGUUGGCUCUCCUACUGGCUCCAGAAUAAGUGAAGAAGAAAUGCCGCAAAACUGUAACCAAGCUUCUGAUCUACCUCAAAACAACAAACGAAGAAAAAACCCACCCAAGAGAGUAAAAUGUGAGACGCCAAACAGUGAACAUGAGAACCUCAGUAAGAGUUCACCAAAUGAACAAGACCCCCACCGCCCUCCCGAAUACCAAGGCGUGCCAGCUUCUUCUGUCAACAACGUCUUGCCACCUGCUCCAAACAACUUUCAACAGGUGCAGUCAAAUGCUUUAGUGCCAGUGAACAAUGCUUUCCCACCUACCUCUCAAAUACAGUUAUGCAACCCGCCAAUAAACGUUGGGAAUCCAUCAGAACACAAACCUUUCACGCCAUGUGCUCUGCCCCUGCAGGCAACUCUAGGCCACUCGGGUUUCGGCCCAGUGUCUGUAGCUAGUUUUCUUCCUAGGCCGCCAGGUUUUUAUGCUGAGAGCGGAAUGUUAAGUGUGCCACCUAAUCCAUUUCCAAAUGAGAAUGUGGAGUCUAAGCUGCAAACUAUACAUAGUGCUAUUGAUGACCUAGCGGGUAAAUUAUCAUCUCCUCACGAUAAAGUGAUGGCAAUACACGAAGCACUCGAUGAACUGAUUCAUUUGCGUCCUGAAAACCCAGCAAAUAAUUUUCGGUGUGUAAAAAAUGAAAGGAUGGGUAACUAGUCUCAAUAAUAUUUAGCAAUGUAAUUUUUCUUUUAAAAUUUACUCAUCGAUGCAUUUAUCAUACUCUGCUAGGCCAACAGAUCUAUUCAAAUCCAUAUCAUGUGAUUGAUUUGGUAAUAUUCCGUUUUAGGAGGCAUUAGAAAAAAACACGUAACUGUUGUUGAUGCUUAAUUUUGCAAUAAGUAUACUUGGUAUAGUAAUAAUGGGUAUAGUUCGUUCACCAGGAGUUGGCACUUGGCUAUGCCUUCAUCAAUGUGGUAUCCGGUGAUACUAUUUCGCUAUUUUUGGGAGAAGGAUGCGAAUAAUCCUGAACAAGGUUGCUAUUUGGCGAUCAUAUGACAAAAAUAUUAUCUAGCAAUCUUUAUGUGCAUUUUUUUAAACAUAAAAUAUUUCAUAAAUUUGAUGAUAUUUAUCUCUUUCGAGUGAAUAGUUUGUCCUUUUUGAGACAUUUUGUUGCAAUAUAUUUAAUUAGCUAGAGUAAUGAAAGAUGUGUUAACAGAUGAUAAAGCAAAGUAAGUAACUGAAAAAAAUUCAGUUUGGCGCUCAUUAAGGGUUGUCUUAAUUUCAGGUGCGGAGAGGUUUCUUCUCUUAUCCCCGCCCUGUAAUAAACUCUUCGUCCGAGGAGGUGGAGCCAAGUUCCAACUCCUGGUGAAGCGAACUAUACCUAUUAUAGGUACUAUAAUAGAUUUUUUAAGGCCCCCUUAAACGGAAUAGGGCCAUUGAAUUUUAAUUUAUUUAUUAUUGUAUUUCAUGAGUGGGCAUUUAUAACAUUUCACCUGAAAAAUCAAACUUUUUUUUUGUUUUCAGCACUGAUGAAGAUGAAAUAUAUAUGUUUACUAUUUUA